AUGCGCAUUCCCCGCCCCUAUAUCCGGCAUGCUCUACCCAGGGGCAUUAGCCCUUUUGCCUCUCAGCAAAUGCCCCCUCCAUCGCCAGCAUCCUCGAAGCCGAAUAAUCGGCGGUCGCGUGGGCAAGUCUGGGGGCGAAGACUACUGAUAGCAGGGGCACUGGGAGGUACUCUGUAUGUGUAUGACAAGGAGUACAAUGCCAGUGCUGUUGGAAGAAGCUUGAGAACUGCGUAUAUCGGAGUUCAGACGACUGACUGCACUAUAGACAAGAUUAACUUUGCUCCCUCGAAAGCCGAUCAGAUAGAAGCUCUCCACUCUCGAGUCGCCAAUCGCCUCCGAUGGGUCAUCGACACCAAUCAAGGCCUCUACCUCAAACUCGGCCAAGCUCUCGGCCUCCAAGCAGCCCUCCUGCCAAAGCCAUAUCGUGAAGCGUUUGGCCAUGUCUUUGAUCGUGCUCCUGCAGUGCCGUAUGAAGAGGUAGUAGGAGUCUUCAUAAACGACGUGGGGGUCAGGCCGGAGGAUAUCUUUGAGACCUUUUCGGAGGAAGCUAUGGCGACAGCUAGUGUAGCCCAGGUGCACAAGGCGACCCUCAAACCUGGUGUGGGGAACGAGAAAGACAGCAAGCCUGUAGCUGUCAAGGUACAAAAGCCAGAAAUAUCUCUUCAAAUGGAGUGGGAUCUGUUCAGCUACCGUGCCUUGAUGUGGCUCUCCGAGAAACUAUUCGACAUGCCGAGUGACGCCAAAUACGUAUCCGCCCAAAUGCGAUACGAAACCUCCUUCAUCCACGAAGCCGGAAACGCCCGUCGCUGCGCCGUUCUGCUAGCACAGACCCCGGAACUUCGGGAUGACGUCUACGUACCCAGAGUCUAUGGCAAAGACGAAGGCUGUCAGGAGAGCGAUCGGGUGAUGGUCAUGGAAUGGGUGGACGGGUGCCGGCUUAAUGAUAAGAAGCAGAUUGAGGACUGGGGUCUGAAUGUACGCGAAGUGAUGGAUCUCACAAUCUCCACCAUGUCCGCCAUGACCUUUUCCUGGGGAUUCGUACACUGCGAUCCUCAUCCAGGCAACAUCCUCGUCAGACCGCAUCCCACCAAAAAGGGCAAGCCUCAAAUUAUCUUGAUAGACCACGGCCUGUAUAUCGAUCUACCCCGGCAAUUCAGGGAAGAUUAUUGUACGCUGUGGAGAUCGUUGUUUGUGAUUGAUGUUCCAAAGAUAGAGACGAUAGCGAGGAAAUGGGGUAUCGCCCUGGAUCCUAACCUGUUUGCAUCCGCCAUACUCCUCCGACCUUUCCAAGUCAACAACCGUGACAAGAAAGCUGCCCCAAAGCCCGAGACCCAAGGCGACGCCACGGCGGAGCAAGACCAGUAUGCUCAGCAGGUGGAGCUGAAGAGAAGGUUGAAGACUAUGUUGGAGAACGAGCAGCUCAUCCCUCGUGAACUCAUCUUCCUCACCCGCUGUCAACGCAUGAUGCAAGCCGCCAACCAACUCCUCGGCUCGCCUUCCUCCCGUAUCAACAUUACCGCUAAAUGGGCUUCCAUUGGGUACACCCGAUCCCUGACUGGCUCAAGGUCAUUGCAUAAUGUGGGGUGGUGGGUCUGGAUGAGGGAAAGAGUGGAGGAUGUGAUCUUUCGAGUGACGGUGGGGUUCUUUGAUUUGGCUUUCUGGGCGAAUGCUCUCAAGCAGCGAAUCAUGCCGAGGGAAAAGGGUGACUGGGAGGAAAGACUCCAGGCGCAAUUUGAGACCAUGGCCAAGGAGGAGUUUGGUAUCGAAAUCGACGAUGAUGUCUUCCUGGGCUAA